AAACAGCGAGAAUGUAUCAGCAUUCACAUAGGCCAAGCUGGCGUACAGAUGGGCAAUGCCUGCUGGGAACUCUACUGCCUGGAGCACGGCAUUCAACCUGACGGAGUGAUGCCCUCGGACAAGACCAUAGGCGGCGGUGACGAUUCCUUUAACACCUUCUUCAGCGAGACGUCUUCAGGAAAACAUGUUCCUCGCGCGGUCUUUGUGGAUUUGGAGCCUUCUGUUGUGGACGAGGUACGCACGGGAACGUAUCGUCAGCUGUUUCACCCCGAACAGCUGAUCACGGGCAAGGAGGACGCGGCCAAUAACUACGCCCGUGGACACUACACUAUAGGGAAGGAGCUGGUCGAUUUGGUGCCCGACAAGAUACGGAAAAUUGCCGACAUGUGCACAGGACUUCAGGGCUUUCUGAUCUUCCACUCCUUCGGCGGCGGCACAGGAUCCGGGUUCACGUCCCUGCUGAUGGAACGCCUCUCGGUCGACUACGGCAAGAAGAGCAAGCUCGAGUUCUCCAUCUAUCCGGCUCCUCAGGUCGCCACAGCGGUCGUGGAGCCCUACAACUCCAUCCUGACGACCCACACGACCCUCGAACACUCCGACUGCGCUUUCAUGGUCGACAACGAAGCCAUCUACGACAUCUGCAGGAGGAACUUGGACAUCGAACGUCCCUCCUACACGAAUCUCAACCGUCUCAUUGGCCAGAUCGUGUCUUCGAUUACGGCGUCGCUCAGGUUCGACGGUGCUCUGAAUGUUGACCUGACAGAAUUCCAGACGAAUCUCGUACCCUAUCCACGUAUACACUUCCCUCUAGUAACUUAUGCUCCUGUUAUAUCAGCGGAAAAGGUGUACCACGAGCAGUUGUCUGUGGCUGAGAUCACCAAUGCUUGUUUUGAACCUGCUAAUCAGAUGGUGAAGUGUGACCCUCGCCACGGCAAGUACAUGGCCUGUUGCCUGCUCUUCCGCGGGGACGUCGUGCCUAAGGACGUCAAUGCUGCAAUUGCAUCGAUCAAGACAAAGCGUAUGAUUCAAUUCGUGGAUUGGUGUCCUACAGGGUUUAAGGUGGGCAUUAACUACCAGCCUCCAACCAUCGUACCCGGCGGAGACCUAGCCAAGGUUUCUCGAGCUGUGUGCAUGCUUUCGAACACCACCGCCAUCGCCGAGGCCUGGGCGCGUCUCGACCACAAGUUCGACCUCAUGUACGCCAAGAGGGCCUUCGUGCACUGGUACGUGGGCGAAGGCAUGGAGGAGGGCGAGUUUUCCGAGGCUCGUGAGGACCUGGCUGCUCUCGAGAAGGACUACGAAGAGGUCGGCGUCGAUUCUGCUGAUGCUGAUGGGGAGGUCGAGGGCGACGAGUAUUAA